AUAUGGUAAAAGAGCGGUAAUGAUAUGGUUAACUCAGCUUAAGAUCGAAGUUUCUGCCUUUAUCGGCUUCUCUAGCGAUAUCUUUCCUUGCUUGUUUAGUGGGAUCACCCGUUCUACCCACGGAUAUAGUGAGAUGGGCGCGAGAAGGAAAGAUUCCGUAUCUUUCUUGUUUUCUCAAGAUUCGAAAGCAAAUGGGAGAGCGAUCAGCUUCCUGUCCUGUACUGAAAGUGUAAUGUUUAGACCUAUUCAGAUUGUUUCUGCUCAGAGAUUAGAAGCUCAAGCCGCUUCGAUUGCUGACAUUAUUGGUUUGCCUUUACCUCCUGUGAAUUUUUAUGGUGUAACUUCAAACUAUCUAAAGCGGUUAUCUAAUCCCAACGAUAAGGUUCUUGAACUGGUGUGUCUAAUUCAGAACUGUUCAAUGCCUUUGGGUUUAUGUUUAUCGAAGAACGAGCUUAGGAUUUUGGUGUCUAUUAUUCUUGUAGCUGACGAGAUCUUUGCUGGUUUAGAAGAAGCAUCAGCUGAUGACACAUACAGAACUGUUGAUAAUCUGUGGAGUAGUUACCCGAAAGACGAGUUGAGGGAUGGAAACAAUCCUUGUGUUAUUCAUUCAAGAAAAAGCGAAACCGAGUCAAUGGAUUGUGAUGAGCCAUCUUUGGAAUGUGUUUCAUUACCAGAUGAUCACGAAGAGAAAUCCAAGGAGAGUGCGAUAAAAAGACUAAUAACAGACACGGGGGAGAAUUUGUUCUGUUACAUACCGCUUCGUGUGAAGGUAAAGAGACUACACUAUCUUCAAUAUGUGAGGAAAAAAGGUGAUGGAGCUUUGAUAUAUGCGGCUCACGCGGAUUACUACCUUCUUUUAAGGGUUUGCGCUAAGGUCGCUGAGAUUGAUGCGAGGAAUAUGCAUAGAGGUGUGUUGAGCUUUGAGAGAAGAUUCGCUUGGAUUGAGAAAAGGAUAGAUCAUGUUUUGCAUUUAACUCCACCUUUUAUAUCUACUAGAGACACAGAGACACGUUUGGAGGAGCCAAGCCUAGAGAGGAAGUCUUUUCCAAAUUAAACAGGUUUUGAGCUAUUGGAAGGAUAACCACAUCGAUUUGGCCGUACUACUGCUGUGGAACGUGCACAGAUUCGCAUUCAAAAUACUACUAAUCUCUUUAUCGAAGAUGCCAAUAUUGAUGCGGCUUAGGAGACAUGAUGUACUAUUUCUACAAUCCUUUUUUGUUUGGUGACUUCAUGCAAGCAAAUGAUCGGUUUUGUGUUUGGAAAACGUACCAUGCUGAUGCGAUUAUCUCAUUGUAGAAUGAUGAGAACCGCACAGAAGAUUGGAUCCAAAUCGAAGCGUUUCAUCUGGACAGAGAGAAAGAAGAAUGAUACUUUGAUGCUGAUGGUAACUUUGUAGGAUAUAAAAGAGAAGGAAGGCA